GUCAGAGAUGUAGAGUAGGUGAGUUCUUCAUUGUCAACAUCUACCCUGUUCAGACUAUACUCUCCUGUCURUCUCUCUCCCUCCCUCRAUCAACUCUAUCCAUCCAUUCUACCAGGGCUCCAUCAGGAUGGUGUCGGCUGGGCUACAGAUGCUGGGCGCGGCCCUGGCGAUCAUCGGCUGGCUGGGAAGCAUCAUCAUCUGUGCUCUGCCCAUGUGGAAGGUGACAGCUUUCAUCGGAGCCAACAUCAUCACCGCUCAGGUCAUCUGGGAAGGGUUAUGGAUGAACUGUGUGACCCAGAGCACGGGYCAGAUGCAGUGUAAGGUCUACGACUCCCUCCUGGCCUUGCCCCAGGACCUGCAGGCCGCCAGGGCUCUGAUCAUAAUCGCCAUAAUUGCCGGCCUGUUCGCCAUCCUGCUGGGCAUCGCCGGCGGGAAGUGCACCAACUUCGUGGAUAACGAGAGGUCCAAGGCCAAGGUAGCCAUCGCUAGCGGAGUCGUCUUCCUCAUUGCUGCCCUUAUGGUUCUGGUCCCUGUCUGCUGGUCGGCCAACACCAUCAUCCGAGACUUCUACAACCCCCUUUUGGUCGAGGCCCAGAGAAGGGAGCUGGGAGCCUCACUCUACAUUGGCUGGGGCUCCGCAGGGCUGAUGAUCCUGGGCGGGGCGCUCCUCUGCUGCUCCUGCCCCCCCAAGGAUGAGAACCACAAUGUCAAGUACUCCAAGGCUGCUAGUUCCAUGGCUGGCAGCAGCAGGGCCUACGUCUAGAGGGUUAGACACACCACAGACCACCACAGACCAGCACCAAGGGAUGAGGGGAUGGAUAGCCUGCUGGGUGAGAGGACUGGGAGGUGGUGGUGUUGAACAUGGGACUCUCCAGGUUGUUCACUGUGCUGUUUUAAUGUUUUUACUGAUGCUUUUGCCACAUUCUUUGCAGUAAUGAAGUUUCUCUCUUGUGUGAAUUUGCUGAUGGAGUUUUUUGCUUUUACUGUCAUGUUCGACUGUGAUACCAAAGUGAAAUAUAAGCGUCAAUGUAUGAGUGGGUUGACAGUGUGUUGGCUAAAGUAUGUACGUUUCUAGUUAGUGUAAAAUGUGAUGUCAGUUACUGUGCAACCCAUUUAGUCAAAUGUAGAGGAAUCCUUUUCUAUCGCCUCAAGUCUACAAUCAAACAUCGUAAAAACAGAAUUCCACUCACUUUUGAACACACUGUUAUUAUUCAUUUGAAAGCAUGUUUUUGGACUCUUUCUAGAAUGUUUGUUGAUAAACAACUGGCACGUUCAUGAAUUAGGGAAGGUUGGAUUUAACUGUUUGAUUAAUAUUGUUUUCUGUUUUUGUAUGUCACCUUCCGACUGUCACAUGGAUUUGUUUUGUUUUUAAUCACUCAGUACUACCAUAUAUUAUUAUUAAUAUUAUUCUAUAUUAUCCACAUCCUAACACAUCCUAAAACCGAUAUAUUAAGUAUUCUAUUAUUCCAAGUAAAUGUUUUAAUAAACAAUUAUAUUUCAAAGUCAGA